AUGCACAGGCAGCUACGCUUGGAUACCUCCGUUGGAGACAGUCAGCGAUAUUCCUUCAUUGAGACGCCACUUGAAAUGCAUGCUUCUGGAUUACGAAAUGGUCAACAGCAGCAAGAACCACUGCCGUCGCAAUCAAUAGCAGGAUCCAAGUCUGAUCCUAUACCCGCACAGGCUGCAGCAGAGCAAGGACAACCACAACGCCUACCACCAUUGAAUGAGAAGGCACAGUAUGUGCGGCAAGAAAUGAUGUCUCCUGGUCACCCAGGAGGGCCAAAUUCUGAAGAGCACCCUGCCAUCUCUGCCCCCUUUGCCGACGUGGUGCCUCAGCCGGUCCAGCAACACGAUGCAGUGGUGCCGGACUACUCGUAUGCGGUGCCGCCUCCAAACUCCCCUGGACCACUUCCGGCCAAGACCUAUCCAGAAACCCCAGCGCAAGUAACCCGGCUGCAAACUAUGGCUAUUGUACCGGACACGAAUCCCCUGCAGUCUCCACAAGUACCCUACUUUCCUGGGCCACCGAAGGCCUCAGGGACAUCCUACACGCCAUUGGCAGACGAAGUUGCAGCCUACCAUCGGCCAGGCCAGGUAUCGCACCCUAAUCAACAGAUAAUAGGUGGAACAUGGAGUCAUGGCAUGUGCGAUUGUUCAAACGUUUGGACCUGUUGCCUUGGCAUCGUGUGCCCUUGUGUAUUAUAUGGGAAGACGCAGUAUCGUCUUUCACAGAUGUCAAGGAAAGAAGACCCGACAAACUUGUUAGGUCAUGAAACAUGUAAUGGGUCAUGUACAGCGAUGGCUCUCUUAUGUGGCUGUCAAUGGCUCAUGGCGACAAUCCAACAUAGACGAAUCCGCAAAGCGUAUGGUAUCCGAGGAGACAUUGCAUCAGAUUGUGUUAGAGCGACCUGUUGCACAUGCUGCACUCUCAUACAGGAUGAAAAAGAAAUCAAGACACGUGAGGAAGAGCGUGCGAAUGCAGCCAGGGCUACAGGAUCAAUCCUUGUAUCGCCAUACUUGGCUCCCCCGCAGAUGACAUACGGUCCUUUGUCAAGAUAAGUGAGAUAAUCUUUGAUAUCGCAAUUAUCGUGAGGCGUGGACGAGAUGUUAACCCUCUGACUCGGAUAUAAACGGCGGUCUCCGUCGAGACACAUCGCCUAUUUGCAUUUAUGAGCAUUCACCAUCUUCGCUAUAUACCCAGCACACUUCUACUAAAAUUAAUUUUUUGUUUUAUACAAAACUUCAGGCCGGAUUUGCGUCAAUGAUUCAUAAUAAUUCACUUUUUUUUGUCCAUGAGGGGUCUUGGCGUUGCUUUUGAACAAUUCCCUUGCAUACAGCGGUCAGUUCGCUUCGGUGUGACGCUGGGCUCUUAAAAUUCGAGAGUCUGGAAAUUUGCGUAUAUACAACUCUCAGACAGCCUGUAUAUAGAGGAUGGACGACGCAAUGUAGAUUCAACUCUUA